AUGUCCCGUCCUGUCCCGCCCGUGUCCCGCCCACGUCCCGCCCACGUCCCGCCCACGUCCCGCCAGUGUCCCGCCAGUGUCCCGCCCAUGUCCCGCCCCUGUCCCGCCCCGUCCCGCCCGUGUCCCGCCCUGUCCCGCCUUGUCCCGCCCGUGUCCCGUCACCGUCCCGCCCUGUCCCGCCCUGCCUUUGACACAGAGGCUUCACUGGUAAGCUACUACAGAGGACUGGUCAAGCACAUUGGAGCAAGGGGCUUGGAUAGGAUGAAGCUUGGAAGCGACGGAGACAUCCUGAAGCUUCCAGUCGAGACUUUGCAGCCCUCAGAAGUUUUUGCAGCAGGGCCACCGUGCGGGCCGUGGGCAGCCACAGGGGCUCGAAUGGGGACAGCAGAUAGUCGAAGCGAUGUGAUGGACACAUGUGUGGCUUGGAUCAUAUUCCAGGCGUGGCAGGGCCAGCUUGUGGCAUUUGUGCUGGAGAACUCCCGCUUGCUCAAGGGAACCCAGUACCUGGAGGAGAUUUUGAGUCGUCUCCAGUUCUGUGUGCCUUUCUUCCGUAUCGAGGCACAGGUGCACAAUCUCAAGACGAUCUUCCCCCAUGACAGGGAGCGUUUGUGGAUCCGGGGGAUGCGCAGAGAUUGCCUGGGCCCGGAGGCAUCUUUACCAGUGCCACUCACUGCCAAAGACUUGGGAGGGCAUGUGGACAUCAGGACCUUGAUCGAGUCCACAGUGCCCCCAGUGGGCCCUGCCUCAUUGAGCCACCGAAUGCGGUGCAACCUUGCUGCCUACAUCGCACGGAUUGAAAAAGAUGUGCUGGCAGGCAAAGCAGGGACCGUGGCCGUGGUGGAGCUAGACCGAAGUCCAUUGCGUGAUUACGGGAAGCAGGUUCUCUAUGAUCUGAUCCCGCCCCUUCGCACUGCUGGCCCCAAGUUGUUCCUGCUCUUGUCAGGGGAGGUGAAGAACUGCUUGCCGUGGCAACAGCAGCGACUUCACAGGUUCGUGACCCCAGAGGAGCGCUUCAUGUUCCAAGGCCACAGCGGCCUGGCGUGUCGUAUGUUUGAUAACAAGACUGCCGCCUUGAAGGCAGCAGGGAACGCUUAUCAUCCCCUGCAUUUGGCUUCCAUGCUGUGCCCAAUGCUGGAGCAAGCAUACAUCUAUGGUGCUUUGCCAGAAGAACCGACCAGGCUGAGCACCCAGGAGCUGCACGAGUUGAUUCCUGCAGUGACACCCGGGGAGUCGUUUCAUAACCCUGCUGAGGCUGAAGGUUUCCCCAAUGUCUUCUGUCAAGAUGACAUCGAAGAGUGUGAGAGCAUGAUCAAGAAAGGCAAGCAAGCUUCAAGGAAGUUUGCAGCCUCAUGUGUGGACAAGAAGGGGUCUGAAAGCUCCAGUGUGCAUGGUGCAGGGCCAGCCAGUCACAGGGCAGGGUUGGACCUAAAAUCUGAAGUGAAGGCUGAAGUCAAGCAGGCGUCCAGCAGCCAAGUUGGAAUUGCUCCUGCACUGCUGUGCCAGAAAUGUGGUGAAACCACAAACAUGGCCAGUAGCUGUGCUACUGGCCGAAACCCUUUGUUGCGAGCCUGCAACAGCUGUUUGGCAACGGAGAAGUGGCUGAACAGAAGCCUGACCAAGCCCAAGGGCCGAGAGGAAACGGAAGAGGAAAAAGGACGCCGACUGAACGCACAAAAGGUGAAAGAUGAGCUGAAGGCCAAGACACCGGAAGACAGGAAGAAGUGGUAUGCAGAACAAAAACUUUCCCGAGCCCAGGAAGAUCACCGAACGAAACGUACCUUUAGCUCUGCAGUUGGUCAUGUAGAGGAAAGAAGGAUUGCCUCAUCCUUCAGAGACAAUCUGGAUGUCUACGUGCCGUUCAGAAUUUGGGCAGCUCAAGAAAUGUCGCUCAAGGUUUACAACACUUUGCGGGAGGCCGAGGCAGGCUGGGAGAAACUCCUGGCAAACCCAGCUACCUUGACCGUGCAGAAGAAUGGCCAGACCUGUGUGAAGCAGUUCCACGGGGUGGAGGUGCGACAACGCGAUGGCCACGAGUUCCAGUCAGGACUGAGGCAGAGAAUGGAUAUCUCCGACGAGAAGGAGCUGGAUGAAUAUUUGGAAGAGAAUGAGAGCCGAUUGAAGCGAGCAAAGAACAGGCUUUCGGUCGAGGCCAAGGCAAACGAGGAAGAAGGGGAUGAUAAAAUCAUCCCUCUGCUCACUGUCCGCAAAGACUUGGGGCAGCUGAAAGAGAUUGAGGAAGCAAGGGAUGCAGAGAUGCAUGCCCAGGCCGCUGCCAUCGCAGAGAGAAAAGCCAAGGAAGCAAAGCAGAAGAAAGAGAAAGAAGAGAGCCAGGAGAAGUCCCUGCCCCUGGAGAAGCUGGCACUGCAGUCUGCAAAGGGAAAGGCAGUGCAGACCAUGACAAAUGUGCUUCUGAGGCUGCAAACAGUUUACAAGACCUUGGAAGAGGAGGCCAACAAGCUGACAGAAAAUGAAGGCGAAGACAUCAAGAGGGAGCAGGCUGCCAAGUUCCGGUGUGUGGCCCAAGCCUUGCAGACCCUGGAAACCUCCAUCAAUGAGAAGGACAAAGCUUGGGAGCAUGACGCAAGCCAAACCCAGACUGCGGAAGAGCUGGCUGCCCUCAGGCAGCAAAUCACCGAGGCGACAAAAAACUUCCACACAAGCUCUGAGGACUCCAAGGCAGCGAAAGACACGAUCACGGAUGUGAGGUGCUGGCUGAACAACACAAAGAAGGCAAUCCGAGACGCCGAGAAAGCAGCCCAGAAAACAGCUGCUGGGAAGAAGAUUGCCAAAGUUGCUGGCAGCAACACCCUGGACCAGCUGGGCCUGGCCUUGGCCAAGGACUGCAGGAGCAUGACAGAGUCACAUGGCGACAUCUCCUACACCCUCGAUGUCAAGAAUAUCUUGGCGGGAGGCCCACCCUGUCUCCUGGAUACGAAUCGCAGCCAGCAACUGCGAGAUACGGUUUUUGGCCUGGACUACUACAAGCUGCAGAAGACAUGGGUGGCAGAGAAGAUGAAGUUCGUGCAGGGCAGCAGUUGCUCUGCCAUCGUGUCAAAGAAAGCUGUGGCCGGCAGGCUGGGCCAGUUGUUGCAGAAGUCGUGGCCCGACAUCCUGGGCACAGACACACUGCGAGGAGUUCCUGCCGAGGCACAGGACCAUUUCGUGAUUCAGUUCGCCCAGAGGCACAACAACACCGGAAGUCUCUACGCGCGAACAGAGCUGAACUGCCCAAUGUUGCUGCUGCUCUUGGAGGGGGACUUGGCAGUUGGAGGGUUCCGUCCUGACAGGCUGGGUGGCAAGACCCUAGCCGAGGAAGUGAGGAAACUGGAAAGCAUGACAGCUACACAGAUCCGACUGGAAGCGGAAAAUCAUGGCUGGAUGGUCAGGCUGAAGCCUGGAGCAAGCAUUCUGAUUCCCUCCAACUGCGUGUGGUUUGAACUUUCGGGUGACGAUAGCGAGAAUCACAGCAUUCGCCAAGUGAUUGGACGAGAGGCCUUCGUACCUCCAAUGCUCCAGUGGCUGGAGCAGAUGGACAAGGAGGGUAGCCUGGCACAGAACGAGGCCUUGGUGAAGCUCAGAGCCUUCCUUCAGUCACAGACUCAGGUUUUGCCAGACUCACAGGCCAGCAAAUACGAUAGCCAGAGUACUCUUCUCAACUGUCAGCCUACCACUGCAGGGACAAUAUCCAAUGCUGUGACUUUGCGAGGUGCUGUGUUGCACGAGGCUAAAGAUGGCAUAGCACAGAUACCGAGGUGCCAGCAGUCAGUGGGGCUAAGUACUGUUCUCAACUGUCAGCAGCCGGAGACUGCAAGGAGAACCUUCGAAAAGGAUGACAAAGAUUUGGAAAUCACUUGUUUGGAGAAUGAGGUGGAAGACCUCAAGUGUGCUUUGAAGCGAACUCGACUUCUGGCAGAUAGCCAGGAAAAGACCAUCUCAGUUUUAACGACAAAGAAAGCUGAGUUGGAGAGUGACUUGUCUGAAACAAGACAGAAGCUUCAAGCAGCUGAGAAAAGGCUGUUGCGACAGGAUGCUUCGAGUUCGCAGGGCCUGGACAAAUUCAGGUUGGUCUCCAGUCAGGGCAUGCAAUCUUUGUUUGGAGACACUUGCCUGAUAUACGACACGUGCAUGGCUCGAACGAUCUCCUCCGUCGUCAACAUUGCAGAGUCGAAGAAGGUGUCUCCCGAACAGAUCGCAUCCGACAUGGACACCUUUCAGGUGUACUGGCAGCAGCAGGUGGAGAAGAUGGAGGACAUCUGUCGGCAGGAGGCCGGGGCCAGCGGACGUGUCGAGGAUGGGUUGCCGACGGUGUUCUUCACCAUCUCGCCGGCCGAGUGGAGGUACGUGUUGCACGAGGGCAUGUUUCCCGAAGGCGACCUCAGCGACCAGCAGAGCCUGCUGACCUUGCAUCUGUACCACACGCUCGAGGCCAUGCUGGGACUGCACCUCUUCAAGGAAGGUGUCAGCCUGGCUCGGGUCGGCGUUGCGAAAGUCCGGCAGUGGUCCCUGCGUUACGAGUUUCAGUCACGAGGCACUCUACACGUGCACUGUCUGCUGUGGGCGGACUUGCUUCCUGGCUGGACGGCGGAGAACGUCACUGCGAGGACGGGUGGCAAGGAGAGGUCGGCGUUCUUGAUCCUGCUGGAGGAGCUGUUUCGCUCUCGAGCCGACGUACAGUGUGGCGACGGUCAUCACCUCUUGCUCCAAUACGUGGCCGGGUACGUCAGCAAGGCCUCCGAUGCGCUGACCUUCAGGUCGAAGCAGGCGCAACAUGACGGCGACGGAUCUCGUUGGCGCCAGGUGUAUCGACUGCUCUGCAAGAAGUCGCCGCUGGAGCAGGAGAUGGUCAUGGAGAUGGCCGGCCUGUCGAUGGCAAAGCAUUCCUUCACGGGCGUGUCGUUGUUCCCUCCGAUACCUGGCAGCAAAGCCGUCAACGAGUCCCGGGCGCACUACAACGCCUUCCAGCAGUUCCUGCACCGUGGCGCGGUCGUGGACGGGGCCGCCACCAGCAUGUCUUACAUGCAGUGGCUCCGCAUGUUUCGCGUGGUGACGACGGAUGGGAAGUCUGUGGUUCGACCCAGGAACGUGGCCGGACCGGGUCGAAACAAGAGCUGUGGCAUAGGAAUUCGCUUUCCCUUCGAGCUGCUGGACAUCUUCGUGGGCGCCUGGGCGGCGUGCUUCCUCGAGAACAUGCUCGAAGCUCGCCUGCGGCCGAGCACGGAGGAGGACGAUGCUUACCCGGCCGGCUUCGACUUCGAGAAAGCUCGCAGGCGCCUCUUUCGAGCUGAUAGCCGCCAUCGAGGGCGACCUGAUGUGCGUGGGCUCAGCGUGGAUCGCAUCGUCACCUUCAAGGCGAGAAUCAACGCAUGCUCCCUGCUGCUGCAGGGCAAGGAUCCGUCGAUUUGGUCCGCUAGACGCCCGGCCGGGCUCCCGCAGAGGCAGUGGUCGCCCGAGCAGGCGCAGGUUCUGGGCCGCAUCAGGGAGGGCCUGCGUGUAGGCGAUGCCGGUGUCAUGGCAGACUCCAGACGAGUCCUGCGCGUUACCGGCGGGCCGGGCACGGGCAAGACGGAGGUGGUCAUCGGAGCGGUUCAGGCGGCGCUCGAGGACGGUUGCCGGGUACUGGUGGCUGGACCGAUCGGCCUGCUCAUGUCCAUGUACAAGCUGCGGCUGCCUCCCAACGAGAAUCUGGUCAUGGAGACGAUCCACGCAGCCUUCAAGGUCGUGCGGGAUGCGGACGCACAGUACAUUCCUCCGGGAAGGCUGCGAACUUUCGACCUUAUCAUCCUGGACGAGGUCAGUCAGAUCGAUGCAGCGGUGUGGAACUGUCUCAAGAUCGCCUUGGGGGAGCUGAGGCCGUUGCCGUUCAUCGUCUUCGUCGGGGAUUUCCAGCAGCUGCAGCCUACAGUGGGGCGACCGCUGCUGCAGCAGAACCUGGAGCAGCAGGUUCGGGAUGGCACCGUCUUCGCGGUGGAGCUGCGACAGCACGAAGCCGCCCGUUCUGCCGAUCCCGUGAUGCUCGACUUCCUGCAGCGAGCCAGAGUCCGCCAGCCGAGCAGGGACGCCCUUGGAAGGUUUUUCGCGGGCAGGAUCUGGCCGUCGGACCUCAACCUGGCGACCGCCAAGGCCAAGGAGCUGGAGGCCUCCGAAGGCGGCAGCUUCACCUUCCUCACCGUGACGAAUAAGGGAGCCCAGGACAUUAACAUGGCGUGCCUGGCUCGUGAUUACCCGGAACAGCUGCGGCUGACGCACAACGUGGACAAAGACAGGGGCUUCGUCAACGGUGCCAUGGGCGUGGUCCAGGAGGUUCUUCGGAAGGACGUCUUCGUCCUCAUGACAGGGCAGCAGGUGCCCGUCUUGGUGCACCCCAUCACGUACAAGGGCAAUAAGUAUUUGCCGGUUUCCUAUGGCUGGGCGACCACCAUUCGGCGGGUGCAGGGCGCCACACUGGACAAGGUCGUGCUGUACUUCAACCGGCAUCUGGCGGAUCGCGGCUACGCCCACGUGGGGGCUUCUCGUGCCAGGAGAGCCGUGGAUGUGUAUCUCAUGGGGCGAAUUCGGCGAACGGACUGGCUGGCUGUCAACUCCGACCAGGCCGACGAGCAGACGGUUCUCUCGGCGCUCAGCGAUAGCUCCGCCUCCGACGACGACUACUUCCCGUCGGACCCGGAAGCGGACUCCUCCGACCCCGAGCCGGCCGACUCCGACUUCGAUCCCUGCUCCGAAUCUGAGUCGGAGUGA